GUUCGUAGUUCUUACUGAUCAGCGUUAGUGAAUGAUGUUGUACAGUUUGAUAGUUGGACUUCCUGGGUCUGCGGAAGAUUAAAUGAUGGAAUGAAGAUUGCUUCUUUUACGUCACCCGAAUAAGAGGAUUGUUUUGCAGUUGCAUUAUCACUGUACCAAUUGAUCCUGGAGUUGGCAAACAGUUUGACAAUGAAAGUGAGCUCUAUUGUCUUGUUAAUACAGAGCAGUAUUUUGUUAAUAGUCUUGCUUUGCAACCCAGUUGAAAGCUCAAGUGGAGAUAGAAGUUCCAUAUUUCGUCAUUGUAUAAAUAAAUGUUUUAAAGGAUGUCACCUUGAUGAGUACCCUGGAAAGCUGCCAAUAUAUUUAACUCUGUUUUGGUGGGAUUGUUCUGAUGAAUGCAAGUACCAGUGUAUGCAUAAUAUCACACAAAAUGACGUGAGAAAUAAUCAACCAGUCAAGCAAUAUUAUGGCAAAUGGCCAUUUGUACGAUUUCUUGGAAUUCAAGAGCCUGCAUCAGUCCUAUUUUCAAUUUUUAAUGCAAUUGGCCAUCUCCUUGGAUGGAGAAUGUUCAAGUCUUCUGUACCAAACACAGACUAUAGCAUGUAUCCAGUAUGGAAAGCAAAUUUGGUGGUGUGUCUAAAUGCUUGGUUCUGGUCAACAGUGUUUCAUACACGAGAUUUGAACUGGACUGAGAAAAUGGAUUAUUUCUGUGCCACAUCUCUGGUUAUGUUCUCUUUCUUUGCCUGCAUGUUGAGGUUCAUUGGAUUGGAAAAUAAGUGGAGUUGUUUCCUCAUUGGAUUACUUCUAUGCAGUAUUUACUGCACCCAUGUUUUCUAUUUGGGCUUCAUACAUUUUGACUAUGGAUAUAAUAUGAAAUUUAAUGUUACAAUAGGUAUCAUCAACUUAAUCAGUUGGUUGAGCUGGUGUUUGAAUUAUUACAAACAACAGCCAUACGUGUGGAAAUGUGCUUUUGUAUCAAUUGGUGUGUUCUUUCUCUUAGGUCUAGAGCUGGGCGACUUUCCACCAAUCCUAUGGACAUUUGAUGCUCAUUCAUUAUGGCAUCUUGGAACAUCUCCUCUUUGUUAUUUUUGGUACAGUUUUCUAGUAGACGAUGCAAAGUAUCAGUUAUCAAUGCAGAAAAAGAGAAGAAAGAGUGGUUGAGGAAUGUUAAUAAUACCUACGAAUGAAGAACCUUUGACCGAAUUGGAACCAGUACCUCUC